AUGCACACUCACCUAACCUAUAUAGAAAACGAAACAAACCCACCACACCAUGUAGAUGUAGUACUUCAUUACAAGAUAAAGAAGUUUGUUUUCUCUAUAGUUCUCUUAUAUAUAUAUAUACACACUCAACCUUCAAUAUUGUCAUUGCUUUGUAAACCUAAUUUAAAAAUGGGCUGCUCUAACCAAACACACAUUAUUCUUUUUCUCUGGCUUGCCAUGGCUACCACAUUGGCUCGUGGCCAAGGCACUCGAGCCGGGUUCUAUAGCACGUCGUGCCCUCGAGCUGAAUCCAUAGUUCAGUUGACGGUUAAAGCCCAUUUCCAAUCCGAUGCCACGGUUGCACCGGGGUUGCUUAGAAUGCACUUCCAUGACUGUUUUGUCCAAGGCUGUGAUGCUUCAAUCCUCAUUAAUGGCCCUUCCACCGAGAAAACGGCUGGCCCAAAUCUCCUGCUCAGAGGAUAUGAAGUCAUUGACGAUGCGAAGAAGCAGCUUGAAGCAGCAUGCCCCGGUGUUGUCUCGUGUGCUGAUAUUAUAGCCCUUGCUGCCCGUGAUUCUGUAGUUCUGAGCAAUGGAGCGAGCUGGGCGGUGCCUACAGGGCGGAGAGAUGGGCUGGUUUCUUUGGCAUCUGAUACAAACAAUUUGCCUGGUUUCACAGACUCCGUCGCAGUCCAAAUAAGCAAAUUUGCUGCAAAAGGUCUCAACACUCAAGAUCUUGUCGCGCUUGUUGGAGGACACACUAUUGGAACUUCAGCUUGCCAGUUCUUCAGGUACAGACUAUAUAACUUCACAACCACCGGUGGUGCUGACCCUUCCAUCGCCCCGGCAUUCCUCCCCACUCUCCGAUCACUCUGUCCAGAAAACGGUGAUGGCACGAAGCGCGUGGGACUAGACAACGGUAGUGAUAAGAACUUUGACUCGUCAUUCUUUACCAAUUUGAGAAAUGGCAAGGGAAUACUGGAGUCUGAUCAGAAAUUGUGGACUGAUGCUUCUACAAAGACUUUUGUCCAGCGAUUCUCUGGUUUGAGCUUCAAUGUGGAGUUUGGUAAGUCCAUGGUGAAGAUGAGUAACGUCGGUGUGAAGACUGGCACUGCUGGUGAGAUUCGCAAAGUGUGCAGUGCUGUUAAUUAACUGAUCGAACAUCACAAUUUUACUCCCUAGUUUGCGGAGUUGCAAAAGUGACUUGCAAGUUGUAUUAAUUUUUCAUUAACCAGCAUAAUUUAGCUGAUGGUUUUAAUUUUUGUUAAUGAUUGGAAAUUAAUAAUGUAUCAAUUCUUUCAAAGAAGGAAUAAGAUAUUCUAGUUUAC